CUAGCUUCUCAUGCAACAGUGCGUCGUCUGCUGCGAGCACCUAAAGGAUUUAGCACAUGCGACGACGUGAGUGUCCCCGUCGUCCAUUCAGCGAUGUAACGCACCGCCUGUCGCCCGUGGUCGCCCCUGGCUUCGUCCCAUGUGGUGCCAACUGGCGGCUGAUGUGACCCGUGCGACGGGCGUGACCCGACUGCUACGGUUGGGUCAGACACGAGGCAAUGUGACUGCCAAGAUUACACGGCGUAGGAAGGAGUUCGAAGCGAAGACCUACCCAAGGAGCUCUACAAACGAGCCAGACCAACUGCCUCGACGAGGACGCCGUGGUGGUGAGAUGCAAGAUCCACAGAGGGGCGUGGCGAAACGGGAUGGCACCAAUGUUGCACAGAGGAAGUGGUUUGAAGAUCGGAAAGCGCCAAUCGACAAGGACUUUGUGGCCAAGCUACAAGACUCGGCGAGCCACAAAGGAGCUGCUGCGAUGCAGGAAGUCUUUGAUCAGCACUUGGCAGCAGUGGACGCCCUGAAAGUGUCGAUGCCCGCAGCCGACGAGUUUCGACUUCCGCACAUCCGGCGCCUCGCGGCCACCCCCAAGCGAAAUCCAGUCCACGAGGCAGCUGUUUCAGCUCCUCCCACGCAUGUGCCGCAACAAGAAACGCCUGAGUUCGUCCAGAGCGCGCUGGUCAAUCGCCGCAGGCGUGGGCGUUUCAUGGGCCACCGGACCAGACCAAGUGCCCCGUCUCAUCGACCCAUGUCACUCGGAGGCCGUGCAGCAUGGCUCAAAGAAUCGCGCGACUGGGAGGAUGAAGAGGAGGAUCUUGAGGACCAACCCCCUCUAAGCAACGGACCCUGGGAGAUCGGUGGGAAGGAACCGCGUGGAAAGAUCGCUGGCACAGAGAAACACCUUGAGGACGAGGCAGCGAGUGACUCGGAAAGGUCGGAUGCUGAUGAAGCCAUCAUGGAACCCAUGGAGCCAUUGCGUACAUCGGAGCUGUCCGAAUUGUGGAGCUCCUUGGGGGCCUCCUUCGUGGAACACAACCGUUGUGUUGUACCAAGCAACUUUACUCAUCCGGAUGAAUUGGCCGGUGCCACCUUGGAUGCGUAUUAUCACACCAGGGCAUCAGCAUCACUAUUUGAUUUGUCCUUUAAGGUGUGUUUACAGAUCUCCGGUGCAGAUCGGGAGUUCGCAGCAGACCAGUUCUUAACCUGCAAUCUUCGAGCGAUGCGGAGCGGUGAUGUUCAAUACGCGUGCAUUUUGGAUAGCAAAGGGCUUAUCCUUGAUGAUGCCUUUGUUCUUCUUGAAGAUGACGCGGUGACGAUCCUCACUUCUGGAUGCCGUUCAAAGCAAUUGGCGGACUACAUCGGACAGUAUGUCGUUUAUAUCAGACGCUCUGGUGCUGAUGUGUCAUUUAGGAUCUCUGACGUCAGUGUUUUGGGACUUCAGGGCCCAGAGUCUCGCAAAGCCUUGGUAAGCACACUUGUCAACACCUUGCCGGACAUGCAGCUGAUCACCUUGUCGGAAGAAAUACCCUUGGCCCCGAGCUUGUUGCACCAAAUGCCCUACAUGAGCGCCUUGGCUUCGAGGGAUUUGAAGGAAAAGGUGGUAAUCCUUUGCGCGGGAAUGACGGGCGAGGAUGGCUUUGAGAUCAUGGGUUCUUCCGGUCUUUUGACCAAGCUGGCUGGAGCCCUUCUCUCCUCUGAGCUGGUGAGACCUGCUGGGCUUUUUUGCUUAGACAUGCUGCGGAUGGAGGCUGGGCUACCACGAGUAGGGGCGGACAUCAAUGUGGGAAUGUCUACACCCGUCAGGUGCGCCUUGUCUUGGACACUGGACCAAUCCAAGAUGCGCAGUCACCUAAUGUUUGGAUGGUACAAGAACUUCUUCCAGUUGGCCAAGGGCCCGAUCAAACGUCGAGUCGGACUUUUGCUGGAUGGCCCAGCGCACGCGGGCUGCCUGAUCCUGUCCAACCCACAUCGGCAAGUCGUUGGAUGGAUUACUUCCACGGCUUGGAGCCCUGCACUCGCCUGUCGGAUUGCUCAGGCCUAUGUGCGGCCAGAGUAUGCAAAGACCAACAAACAUGUGCUGGUCACUGUGCCGUACAGCUUGCCCACACACAAGAUGACCAGGAAGGCAAUCAGGAGGUGGACUCAUGCCGGUGCAUUCCGCUCGAGCUAUAGACGCUUGGUGGCCGCUUGCGUCGCCUCGUUGCCCUUUGUGCCCCACCGUUAUCCUGAGCCACCGCAUCAGCGUCGAGCGGCCGCACGGCUGAAGAGCUUCACAGACGCAUCGGCUGCGGCCGUUUCGGGUCAAAGCCGAAGCCGACGACAACAGAGCGCUUCAACCGGUGAAGAUCUACAAGAACCCUACGAACAUGCCUCAAAGCCUUGGAAGAGUUAGCCUCGAAGCCUUGGAAGAG